AUGGGCCCGUCUCUGAGAGAUUCAUCCUUCCCCCGUCCUUCGACUCGCGACCGCCCGUCGACCCGUGAUGAGAACUCGCUCGUCGUCCCCAGUCGCACCUCGUCGCUGCAUUCCCGCAUCACCCAGCCGAUCCCCUCGCAGGUCAGCUCCAAGGCCGCCCAGCGAACCCCCAAGACCCUGACUCAUGCUUACAUGGUCUGUGGUGUUGGCCGAGAGCCUUCGCAAUGGGUCCGCGCCCCUACCCCCGCCCAGGGCAAGAUCGGCCAUAUGAAGGGCGCCGUCGGCCAAUUCUGGUUGCCCGAGAUUCUGGGGAGCAGCCCCCGGUUGGAGCAGGAUAAUGAGAUUGCCAGAGCGCUUCACUCGGCUAUGAGGGCGUGUUUCCCUCACGAUGUCGAGAUUUGCACCGGCAAGAGCCAGCCUCACUGCGUUCACCAUGCCUUCGUCCUCCAACAGGAUUCCUCCCACACUCUCUACGGUAUCGCUUUGCGAGUCUGGUCUCGCGCUGAUGAAAAGCGGGCCGAGACCAUCCGGGAACUGCGAAAGAAGACGGAGCCUGAUUACUACGACAAUCCCGACGAGACCUACUGGAUUCCCUACUGCUUGAGUUUCCUCUCCCGGUACCCCCUGUACGACUUGCUGGGUGACUACCUCCGGGGUAUGUGGAUUCACUGGAAUAAGGCUACGAACCUGUUCCAUGCCGAAGAAGUCUCGCGCAUUCUGAGCUUCCCUGCCCCACGACUCAACGACCUUGUCCGUAUCGACAUGAAGGAUUACGCCCUUUGCUACCAGUUCCCUUCGUCGCCUACCGGUUUCCAGAACUUUUCCAUGUGGCCGCUCUUCACCUGCUUGUCCAUCCCUAACAUUGUCGGUGUUGUCGAGGCCGCUGUGUCGCCUACUCGUCGUAUCAUUUUCGUCAGUCACUAUCCCGCCAUUCUUACCGUCGCCGCUGAGACGAUUCGGUACUGCGUGCGGGUCUACGAAUGGAGCGGUUUGUACGUUCCCAUCGUCCACGCCCGUCAUGUCAAGGACCUCGUCCAGGAGCCCGGUCCGUACAUCCUUGGUGUCACCGCGGAGUGCCGUACCCUGUUCAACGCCCCGUCGGAUGCGCUCGUGGUGGACCUGGACCGCAACUUUGUUCUCACUUCCAGUCCGCCCAACAUCCUGAGCCCCGGCCAGCGUACCAAGUUCAUCAACCGUCUGACCCAGGCCCUCAAUGGCGACGUCGCGCCGACCGGUGUGCCAAACCACCUGCGGUCGGCUUACGCCGGCGGCAAGCUCAUCCCCGCUGGCCAAAUCAUUGUCAUGCGGGGUGAAGUCGAGAGCGUCCAGGAUCCCCCAUGGUGGAACCAGGACUCCAUCAUGGGCGUCAUGGACCGCGUCUGCGAGAAGCUAGGCCGCAACACCGGUAUGAAGGCCAUCUUCGGUGGCUCCGUCAAGAAGCCGCUCACGACUAAGGUCUCCAUGCGCCACCUCAACGAGAUCGUCCGUGAGCGCAACCAGUACUCUCGCGAUGCCAUGGAGGCUUGGCAAGACUUUAUCAACCUCAAGGGACGUAUGGACACCGAGAUUGGCAAGGUCACCAAGCGCAACAACUUCCUGGUCGAGGAGCUCGAGACCUGGAAGCAGCAGUUCCUCAAGUUCCAGGCCUUUGCUGAGCAGCUCACCAAGGAAACCUCCGAGCUCAAGGUCAAGAUCGAGACUCACAAGCGCGAGAACCGCCGUCUGUCUGGUCUCAUUGACCAGCAGAAGGACGAUCUGGCUCGUCUCACUGUCCGCCUGUCUGGUACGGAGAAGCAGCGUGACGAUGCCCUGGAGGCUCUCGUUCUGCAGCAGGAGAUUGCCGAAGAACUGGAGCGCGAGCGCAAGCGCAACCAGAAGGAAAUGUCGGCCCUGCAGCAGACCAACUCGACGCUCAGCCGGCAGCGCGACGAGGCCCAGCGUGUGGUUGUGCACCUCCGCACUCUCAUCCACGGCCAGUCGCACCACAUGGAGCACAUCAUCCGUUCUGUUGGUUCGCCCGAGCUUUCCGACGCCGUCCAGAAGCAGGACGAGCCAAAGUCGCAACAUGCCGAAUCUGCCUUCAAGCGCCAGUCUUCUGUGUAUUCUAGGAAGGCUUCCUUCAGAAGGGACCCUCGCCCUGAGAGGAUCUCCGCCCGGGAAGUUAAGGAUAUCAACCCUGACUUGGAGCAGCACUUGUUGAACAUGAGCGCCGGACAAGAUCGUCUCUCCCGUCUCAACAUCACCGACGUGGCUGACCGCUACCUCCGUGACAAGACGGACGCCAUUUCCGACAUCAUCCGCGGCAUCAGCGAGCAGUGCGCUGCCGCUGUCGAGGGCCUGCACAUGGCCCAGGACGCCGUGGCCGACGACGAGCCAGGCAGGCUCGCCCCGGCCCCGGAAUUCGACCACUCUGACGGCCGCUCGACCCGCGACGGUAGCGAGGUCGACCCCAGCGAGAACAACUCGCUUCACCCUGACGGCCGGGGGUCUUCCGUGCCUCCCACACCGGACCUCGUGCACAACCGCUCCAGCACCUCGAUGUCGAUGAUUAGCAACUCGACAUACCCAGAGCAGCGGUCAAGUCAGCAAUACGGACCCGGCGAGAUCCCGACUCGGAUAGUCGAGGAUGACGACGAGCAUGCCCAUGAAUCCGGGGGUCUGGACGACCAGGCUGAGACUGGUCAACUGUCCAAGCAGGCCAGCGAGGAUCUCAUGCGGUCUGGUGUCUCUCGUCUUGCUGCUUAG